UACGAGCACUUCAUUAUGCGCAGUCGCAAACGAUGAAGCCGAAAGCUACGAAUCCCAAGUGAUGUUCUUAAAAAAAUCAGCUGUGUUUCAGACAAAACCCCAACUAGCUAAUAUGUUCCGGAUGUGAAUUAAACAGCCUAAGCAGGAAAUAAUGCCGUUUUAAUCCGCCGAUUUUUACGAUUCUCGCACCAUGGAUCUGGCAGAGACCAUGAAAAAUGUCUUAGCCAAAGGGAUUCAGCAAACGAACGUCAGUGAUUUACCCACAUCGACCAGCAUGGGCUUUCCUGGUACAGGUUAUGUUACUGAAAAAUUGUACAUGCUGCUCCAGCUGUACCUGCAAAACAAGGGCUGGAAUUCGUCCGUUGAGCUUUUGCAGUGCUUUUCGGAGCUGAAGGAAUCGUCCAUGCUACCAAGUGCUGCUUAUUUACAAAUGAUGGCUUCAAGAGUUACUCUAGAUUCGCAAGGUAGACUGAUUUUGAGAGAAAAUGGUAAAAUUAUACUUCCCUUUGAGCAUUUUGCCAAUGCUGUGAUGCUGAAACAUAUGAAUGGGCCUCAUGGGUUGCAUCUUGGGGUUGAGGCAACUGUAAGAGCUGUCAUGGAAUCUUACACAAUCGGUAGAGAAAAUUUCGGCAUGGAAAAAGAAUUCAUAAUCGAAGUAGUUCAGAACUGUCCAAAUCCCGCUUGCCGCUAUUACAAAAAUCAAAUGGAACUGACCCAAAAGACUUUACAGCAUUUAACAACACCUCCAUAUUUAGGGGAACCCCAGUCAAACAAUCCGGACAUCCGCAGUCGUUUGGGCGCAGUUGACCUAACAGGACAGAAUAAUUUAGACUCAAAAAUCAGUCAACAGCUCCUAGAUAGGCCUAAAUCAGUAGCUCCAACCCAGCAACAGAUCACUGCGGCAUUAAUCCAGCAACAAAAUCGCGUCAUCGCACAACAAAACAUUGAUAAAUUGAACGCAAAUUUAGAAAAACAGAGGCAACAAAUCCAGCUUCAGCAACAAAUGGAUAUGGCGAAAGGGCAGCAGAAGUCGCAUUUCGACCUGCCUUUGAUGGAUCACAAACUGACCGAUUUUUUAAGGGCCAAUUUGGAGAAUUUAGAGGGUUUAUCAGCAGCUAAUAAAGACUUACUGGCUUUGCAUAACGGGGCCUGGACUUCGGCCACAAGCCUGACUUCUUCAGAUGAUAAGAGGUCGUCAGAGGGCGGGCAGGAGAAAAUUGUUAGGGCUUUUAGCGAAGUGAUGAAGAAUAUGCAAAGGAUGAAAACUUACGUCAGACCAGCGAUGUGCAAACCGUAUGGAAAACAAUCCGAAGCUCUACAGAAGACCCUAAUGGACACCAUUCAGCUAAUCCAGUCGUUGCGCAGCUUUUUGCCGCCACCCCAUAUCCAGGUGAGUUCAUGGAAGAACGAGGAUAAACAUCGCUACGAAGAGACUUAAUGUAAGCUGUUUUACUAGAAAUUUUCUCAUUGACAAGGCAGCGUUACAUAUAACAUUUUCAUAAAACAUGACUUCCGAGAUUAGAUUAUCCUUUAGAAGGAUAUAAAAUAAUGUGAAAGUAUUUUGUUCCUUAUUUUAUAUAUAGAUAUAUUAAUGUAAGUUUUUAUAUUUUGUUGGUUUUUUAGUGAGUGUUGAAAUUUAUCGAAAUUAAUGGCCCACAGUAUCGUCGUUUUUUACUCAUUUUAUGUUAAUCGUAGUGUUAGUUGUUUUAUUUUUCAUGUUUUCAAAAGUCAGUACAAUACGCUGCAAGCGUGACGGAAUAGAAAGUAUAAAUGUGCUCUCUUUAUUAACUUUACAAAUUACGAAAUUUAUUUUAUGUGAUAGCGUCGUACUUAACACAAUGAGAUUGUUUACUGAGAUGCAUUUUAUGUUGUGAUUAUGUUUUCUCGAUAGUAUUUCGGAAAUAACAGUAUUUAAUUAUUUAGUUGCAGACUUGAACUAAGUACCCGUGUUUAAGUAUAGUGUUUGAAUUAGGUCAUUGCAAUAUUGUUACAAUUCGAAAAGCUGCUCUAUGGCCAGGCUACAAUAUACGAGGGUUGAAGAUCUAGUCAUUAAUAAUUUAAAAGAAAAGAAAAUUCAAAAUUUUAGCUGUGAUAUUUUAAUUGGCCAUGAUAUUCUAAAAGUAUAGUUUUUCAUUCCAGUAUUUACUAUUUCGAUACCAAAAAAUUGUAUUACUAGUUUCGCUAGAUUUCGUGUAGAUUAUGAUCGACAAUUUGCAUAUCACCUUUUAUUUAUUUCCUUGCGAAUAUUAUUGUAGAUCUGAGCCAGUAUUUGUAAACAUGUUCGAAGACUGUUGUGAAAUUAUCAUUCUUAGUUGUAUAAAAUGAUAGGAUUUUAGUGGUUUUUGUAUGUUGUCACGAAAUAGGACUUACCUCUAAGGCUAUAAUAUAAUCUUGCCAAUAUUUUAUAAUUUCGAAGCUUAGCUUGUUUGUUUGGCUUAUUUGAUUAUUAUGUCAUAGGUAAUGUAUGUGAUGCUAAUAUUGUUGAAAACAGAUUUCUUUUGUUGUUUGUAUUCAGGCUUUUGUGCAAUAAAACGAACUAAAAGUAAA